AAAAAAAAAAAAAAAUGGUGCGGUUCUGGGAGCUGACCCUGGUCGCGGCGGCGGUGCUGCUGUGUCAGGCCGGUGUGUUCUACUUCCAGGCGUGGCACUGCCAGCUACAAUUACCUCAAAUGUCUGAUGACACUCUCACGGUCUUGGUUGUGACGGACGUGCAUCUACUGGGCAAACGGCGACGCUCGUUCGUCGAGAGGCUGUGGGUGGAUUGGCAAGUUCGCGCGGCUGCUAGAGCUGCGGUGGACGUGCACAGUCCCGAGGUAGCGCUCGUGCUGGGCGACCAGUUCGACGAGGGUAGUCGCUGGACUCCAGACGUGGACUGGGACGAAUAUGCCGGACGAUUCUUCCGCGCCUUCGCGAGCUUCCUGCCUUUGAGAACGCUCUACCUGGUGGGCAACCACGACACGUCAUUCGGUCGGGACAUGCGGCUCCAGGACUUAAAGCGCUAUGAGGUCACGUUCGGGGCAGCGAACCGCAUCGAUGAGAUCCAGGGACACACGUUUGUGAGUCUCAACACGAUGGCGCUGGACUCGGACGUGGCCAGUCGUGAGGUGAAGACGGAGGCCAGGAGCUUCCUGGAAAGCGUCAACUUUUACGACCUGCGGGCACGGACAACCGGCAGCGUCAUUCUACUCACACACCUGCCGCUCUUUCGCGUGGACGACCUCCAGUGCGGGGAAGAGCGGCUUCGCGAGUCGGGCCACGUCACGUAUGAGGCCCCCCGCUUCAAGUACGAGACGCACCACCACGUUCUCUCUCGUGAGCUGUCCGCGGAGUUGUUGGCUAAAGUGCAGCCUGAUCUAGUGCUGUCAGGCCACACACACGCGUUGUGCGCGUACAAACACUCCAACGCUGUGGCUAUGGAGUACACUGUACCUGCAUUCUCGUGGGGUCAGCGUCCCGAUCCGAGCUACGCGGUGCUGCGGCUGCCGCACGCUAAUAAACCAGAAAUCACGGCUUGUCACUUGCCUCAGGAGCCGUUCGUCUUCGCCACGUACGCUGUGAUUGCUGCCGUCAUCGUGUUAGCCCACAUUGCCAGGCUGGUGUACAAUCUGAGAGCACCUAAGGUGAAAAAGACUAAGGGCGCGUAAAUAUGAGAACUAGAAGUGAGCAGGCCGAAGCAUAGACAAGAUGCUGGACUCUGUCGGUGACACAAAUCCAGACAAAGUUAAAGAAUUUCUUCUUGCCAAGAAGUUACGAACUCAGAGAGUCCAGACUAGAUCAAACAUUUAUUUAGGGUAGACUUCAUUUACCCUUAGACGCAAAGUACACAUACUGCACCUAAGACGGAUUAAUCCGUACGUGCAUGGUGAUAUGACCCCCUUCCGAUGAUCGAGGAAUCCACAUCAACAACGAACCGCCACCCUUACCGGGCAAACCAAACAA